CAAAUUUGUUAGCUGAGGGGUUUUCGGUGUUGGGUGUCUCGAUUUGUCUUGAUUUGCUGUACUUUUUGCCCCUGGAUCCACGGAAAUUUUUAGGCAAAAUGGUUGUCCGUGUGUAUACAACACAGUUUUUUAGUUCCAAUGCUAUAAGAAAACAGCAACAACAUGUUCUAGAUAUUUUAGAAAGUUUACAGAUUAACCAUGAAACUAUUGAUAUUUCUGAUCCUUGUGAAGAAGAAGCCAAGAAAUUUAUGAGGGCCAACAGUGAAGCAAAAAACGGCAAAUUUCCCUUACCCCCUCAGAUAUUUAAUGAUGAUGAAUAUUGUGGAGAUUAUGAAAAAUUUGCAAACUCUGUAGAAACAAAUGAUUUAUAUGUAUUUCUUAAACUAGAGGAACCAAAAGAAGUUUCGUCAGGCUCUGUACUUAUUGAAGAUGAGGCUGAAAAAAUUGAUGAGGAAAAAGGGGAUGAAGAAAAGAGUGGAGAUGAGGAGGAAAAAGAUGACAAAGAAGAUAAAGAUGACAAAGAAGAUAAAGAUGACAAAGAAGAUAAAGAUGAUAAAGAAUCUGAAUCUGAGAAGGAUAGUAAAGCUGUUCGAAAAUUCAAAAGAGAAGAAGAUGAAGAAGGUUUAGAUUUUGGUGAUUCUGAAGAGAAAGAGGACGAGAAAAAAGAAGCUCCCAUUAAGAAAUUUAAGCGUGCAGAAGAAGAUGAAGGAGGUUUAGAUUUUGGUGAUUCUGAAGAGAAAGAGGACGAGAAAAAAGAAACUCCCAUUAAGAAAUUUAAGCGUGCAGAAGAAGAUGAAGGAGGUUUAGAUUUUGGUGAUUCUGAAGAGAAAGAGGAGGAGAAAAAAGAUGCACCUAUUAAGAAAUUUAAGCGUGAAGAAGAAGAAGAAGGUGGUUUAGAUUUUGGUGAUUCUGAAGAGAAAGAGAAAAAAGAAGCUCCCAUUAAGAAAUUUAAGCGUGAAGAAGAAGAUGAAGGAGGUUUAGAUUUUGGAGAUACUGAAGAGAAAGAAGAAGAGAAAAAAAAAGCUCCCAUUCGAAAAUUCAAGCGUGAAGAAGAUGAUGAAGAAGGAGGUUUAGAUUUUGGUGAUAGUAAAGAGAAAGAAGAAGAGAAGAAAGAAGCUCCUAUAAGAAAAUUCAAACGUGAAGAAAAAGAUGAAGAAGGAGGUUUAGAUUUUGGUGAUAGUGAAGAGAAAGAAGAUGAGAAAAAAGAAGCUCCCAUUAGAAAAUUCAAGCGUGAAGAUGAAGAUGAAGAAGGAGGUCUUGAUUUUGGUGAUAGUGCAGAGAAAGAGACAGAGGAAGAGAAAAAAGAAGCUCCCAUUAGAAAAUUCAAGCGAGAAGACGAAGAUGAAGAAGGAGGGUUAGAUUUUGGUGAUACUGAAGAUAAAAAGGAAGAUGAAGAAAAAGAAGCUCCUACUAGAAAAUUCAAGCGUGAAGACGAAGAUGAAGAAGGAGGGUUAGAUUUUGGUGAUACUGAAGAUAAAAAGGAAGAUGAAGAAAAAGAAGCUCCCAUUAAAAAAUUCAAGCGUGAAGAAGAGGAUGAAGGAGGGUUAGAUUUUGGUGAUACUGAAGAUAAAAAAGAAGAUGAAGGUGAAAAAGAUGCUCCAGUUAGAAAAUUCAAACGUCAAGAAGAAGAUGAAGAAGGAGGGUUAGAUUUUGGUGAUAGCGAAGAAAAAAAGGAAGAAGAAGAAAAAGAUGCUCCAGUCAGAAAAUUUAAAAGGGACGAUGAAGAUGAUGGAGGGCUUGAUUUUGGUGAUAGUGAAGAAAAAAAGGAAGAAAAAGAUGCUCCAAGCAGAAAAUUUAAAAGGGACGAUGAAGAUGAUGGAGGACUUGAUUUUGGUGAUACAGAAGAAAAAGUGGAAGAAAAAAAAGAAGAAGAAGGUGAAAAAGAAGCCUCUGUCAGAAAAUUUAAAAGGGAAGAUGAAGAUGAUGGAGGGCUUGAUUUUGGUGAAACUGCUGAGAAAAAAGAAGAUACUGAGGUUGAAAAAGAUCCUGUCACUGACUCAGAAACAAAACCAAUUCGGAAAUUUAACAGAGAUGCUGAUGAAGAUGAAGGAGGAUUUGAUUUUGGGGAAGAAAGUGAAGACAAGUCAAAAGCCAAAGAAGAAGCAACAAAAGAAGCUGAGGAGGAAAGCUCCAGUAGUAAGGUAGAGACAGAAGAGCCUAAGGAGGAUGAUAGAGAAGCUCGAAGAAGAAGAAGAAGAGAAGAGAGAGAAAAAGAAACUAAGGAAGAAGUAGUGGAAGAAAGUAGGGAAGAGAGAAGGAGAAGAAGAAGAGCAGAAAGAGAUGCAGCUUAGAGAUGGAUAGGAAAUUCAUACUUGGCAUUGUGCAAUCAUACUUAAUUAUUUUCCUACGUCCAGAGUCAAAGUGGAAUUAAUAUUUUCAAGACAAAUCAAACUACCCAAAGAACUUAAAAGGAGUCAAUUUGUCUUGAAGAUUAAACGAUUUUCUCGAACGAAAAGUUGGAUUAAUUGAUAGUUUUUGAUGAUAAUUUUCCCUUUAAUCUUUAAUUUGCCACCAGUGGUAAAGGACAUUCUAUCAAAAAAUUUUCUUAGGUUAGUUGUGCUGUGUGACUUUUAUGUUUCUAGUGCAGACACAAGGGAUUUCUAAUCUGUAUUUUGUCAAGUGGAACAGUGUUCAAUGCUGGAAUACUGAUACUAUUCAAAGUAGAAAAGUCAAUAAGGUAUUGAUAAAAAACAAUUGGCUUCAUUUUUUUUAUGGUAUCAAUAAUCCCAAUCUAAUCAAAAGAAGAAUACAAUUUCAUUUCGUUAUUUUUUUUUCGGACUACAAUGGAAUCUAGUAAUCUUAUAUAAAUUAGAUUGCAAUACCUUGUUUAUUUGCACCUCGACUGAGUUUGUUUUCUGUUUUGUUUGUGUUUACAAGUUUUGACUUUGAUUAAAUGUAUGGUUGCAAGACAGGGCUAAAUAAAUCUCUACUAAAACAGAUUUGGACGAACUGUAAAAAUAUACAUUUGUAAUUUUUGCAACAACCUAUAUAAAUGCAUAAUUGUAAAUAGGCUUCUACCUUUUAAUUUAUUGAUAAUCAGUUGUAAUAAAUUCCAUCAUAAA